AUGCUAUCAUUUCACUCGUUUUUCUCCAUAUCUCUUGCAAUAGCCAUCAUAUUUGUCUCCAGAUUCUCCAUCACAGAAGCUAACAAUGGUGGUUUCACUGUGGAUCUAAUACACCGAGACUCGCCAAAAUCUCUAUUCCACAACCCUUCUCUAACUCCUUCACAACGCCUGAACAAUGCUUUGCAACGUUCAUUUUCCCGUGUUCAUCAUCUCAUGUCAUUCUCUCCCCAAUCAGCUUCAGCCAAUGUAACCCCCAAUGGUGGAGAAUAUAUCAUGAAGAUAUCCAUGGGGACCCCACCGGUUCAAAUUCCUGCAAUUGUCGAUACUGACAAAUCUUUCAGUCGUGGAGAUCUCGCCACUGAAACGGUAAAAUUGGGUUCCACCACCCUCCAUGACAUCAUUUUUGGCUGUGGACACGACAACGACAGCCCGUUUAGCAAUGCUAGAGCUGGCAUAGUCAGCCUUGGAGCCAUCAUAUUUGUCUCCAGAUUCUCCAUCACAGAAGCUAACAAUGGUGGUUUCACUGUGGAUCUAAUACACCGAGACUCGCCAAAAUCUCUAUUCCACAACCCUUCUCUAACUCCUUCACAACGCCUGAACAAUGCUUUGCAACGUUCAUUUUCCCGUGUUCAUCAUCUCAUGUCAUUCUCUCCCCAAUCAGCUUCAGCCAAUGUAACCCCCAAUGGUGGAGAAUAUAUCAUGAAGAUAUCCAUGGGGACCCCACCGGUUCAAAUUCCUGCAAUUGUCGAUACUGCCCAAACAGUUCUUCUUCAUAUAAAGUGGUACCUUGUGGUUCAAAACAAUGCCUAUCUUUUCCAAGAACUUCUUGCCUCCCAACUACGAAUACUUGCCAGUGCUCGGUCAGUUAUGGAGACAAAUCUUUCCGUCGCAGAUCUCGCCACUGAAACGGUAAAAUUGGGUUCCACCACCCUCCAUGACAUCAUUUUUGGCUGUGGACACGACAACGACAGCCCGUUUAGCAAUGCUAGAGCUGGCAUAGUCGGCCUCGGAGGUAGUCAAGUUUCGCUUAUCUCACAGAUGGGAUCUCCCAUUGGAGGCAAAUUUUCUUAUUGCUUGGUACCAAUGUCUGCCCAAAACACCAAGGCCAGCAAAAUGAACUUUGGAGGCAGUGGUGUGGUUUCAGGGCGUGGGGUGGUUUCAACUCCAAUAGUCUCAAAAUCCCCACAUGCUUUCUAUUUCUUGACACUGGAAGGAAUCAGUGUUGCAAACAAAAGGCUGGACUUUUACAUGUCCUCAGCCUCAUCAAAUGCUUCUAAGUUAGCUCAGGCUGGUAACAUCGUCAUUGACUCUGGUUCAACCCUGACCCUCCUUCCACCGGAUCUCUACAGCCGAUUAGUCUCGGCCGUGAAAAGUACGAUCAAGGCCCAACCGGUCAAGGAUCCAAAAUUGAUGCUAAGUUUGUGCUACUCUAAGUUGAAUUUUAGUUCCAUACCUAUUAUUAUUGUGCAUUUCAGGGGUGGAGACUUGAAGAUGAAUCCAUUGAACACCUUUGUUAGGACUAGCUUGUUUUCCAUAUACUUGGGUUUUGCCCCAGCUAGAGAGAUUGCCAUUUAUGGUAACCUGGCACAGGUGAACUUUUAUGUGGGCUUAUGA